AUGUCGUCUGGAUUCAGAACCGUUGCCUACUAUGUCAAUUGGGCAAUCUACGCACGCAACUACAACCCGCAAGAUCUGCCCGCCGAGAAAUUGACACAUGUGCUCUAUGCCUUUGCAAAUAUCCGUCCCGAGAAUGGUGAAGUGUACUUGACGGAUUCAUGGUCCGACAUUGAAAAACACUAUCCCGGUGACUCGUGGAAUGAUAGCGGCAACAAUGUAUACGGAUGCGUCAAGCAGCUGUUUUUGCUCAAGAAGCGGAACCGCAAGCUGAAGGUCUUGCUUUCUAUCGGUGGCUGGACCUACUCGGCCAACUUUGCCCAGCCGGCCAGCACUGAUCAGGGACGGGCCAAAUUCGCGGAGUCGGCGACGCGGCUGGUUCUAGAUUUAGGGUUUGAUGGUCUGGAUAUCGACUGGGAAUACCCUCAAGAUGACACUCAAGCCCAGAAUCUGGUUCUAUUGCUUCAGAAGUGCCGAGAGACCCUGGAUAAAGCAGCAGGACCCGGCCGCAAGUUCUCCCUGACAAUAGCCUGUCCCGCCGGACCCAAUAAUUUCACCAAGCUCAAGCUGCCUCAGAUGACACCACUGCUGGACUUCUAUAACCUGAUGGCUUACGACUACGCCGGCAGCUGGGACACAGUCGCCGGCCACCAGGCGAAUCUCUUCCCGUCAACUGCAAACCCAAGCUCGACGCCCUUCUCCACCGUCGCGGCGGUGGACCACUACAUCAACGUCGGUGGCGUUCCACCCUCAAAGAUGGUCCUAGGAAUGCCGCUGUACGGACGCACCUUCGUCAACACCGACGGGCCCGGCACCCCCUUCUCGGGGGUCGGCCAGGGCAGCUGGGAAAAUGGCGUGUGGGACUACAAGGCGCUUCCGAAGCCCAGUGCGAGCGAGCAUGUUGACUCGAACAGUGGCGCAUCGUGGUCUUAUAGUUCCGCAGACCGCACGAUGGUCUCGUACGACAAUGUCGCCAUGGCGCAGACCAAGGCUUCCUUUGUUAAACAGCGUCAGCUGGGCGGUGGUAUGUGGUGGGAAAGUAGCGGUGACAAGGGAGGAAAGACGGCCAAUGCUUCGGAUGGCAGCUUGAUCGGGGCUUUUGUCGACGGCGUUGGCGGCCUCUCUGCGCUGGAGCAGACGGCGAACGCGAUCGACUAUCCGGAUAGCAAGUAUGAUAAUUUGCGCGCGGGAUUUCCGGGAUGA